AUGGCUCCUCGCGCAUUCAAAAAUUACCGUGUCUACAUCCUUACGGCAGUAGCAUACCUAGGAUCUCUGCUUUUCGGAUAUGACACGGGUGUUAUGAGCUCCGUCCUAGCUAUGGACAGCUUCAAGGAAGAUUUCGGCCUCCCGCUUUCAACAUCCGGAUUCGCCUCUGACAAAAACGCCCAAGUUUCAUCCAAUGUCGUCAGUCUCCUGACAGCAGGAUGUUUUUUCGGCUCGAUUUUCGCGGCCUAUAUCAAUGACCGUAUUGGUCGUCGCUACUCGCUUAUGAUCUUCUGCUCAAUCUUCCUGGUUGGUGCCGCAAUGCAAGUCGGCGCACACCACCACAUCGGUCUUAUUUAUGCAGGUCGUGUUGUCGCUGGAUUGGGUAUUGGCGGUAUGAGCAGCAUCACACCUGUCUUUGUAAGCGAAAAUGCUCCUAGCCGGUAUCGCGGUAGAAUCGCUGGGCUAUUCCAGGAGUUCCUGGUCAUCGGUAGUACCUUUGCCUACUGGCUGGAUUAUGGCGUUGCGCUGCACAUCCCAAAAAGUACCCGGCAGUGGCGGAUUCCUGUGGCAAUUCAGCUUGUCCCUGGUGGACUCAUGCUUAUUGGACUUUUCUUCCUUAAGGAGUCUCCCCGCUGGCUUAUGUCGAAGGGAAGGCAGGACGAGGCACUUCUCUCGCUGUCUUACAUACGAAAUGAGCCUCAGGAAAGCGAGGAAGUGCAGAAGGAGAUUGCGGAGAUUUACGCGGCGAUUCAAGAGGAGACACUUGCCACUGAGGGCGUUACCUGGAAGGAGUGCUUGGAGAAGAGUAACCGUUACCGGUUCUUCUUGGCUUUCGUGAUCAUGUUCUGGCAGCAAUUCUCUGGAACCAACAGUAUUGGAUACUAUGCUCCUCAGAUCUUCGAGUCCAUCGGUGUUAGCUCGACCAACUCGUCACUAUUUGCUACUGGUAUCUAUGGAACCGUCAAGGUUGUUGCGACGGCUAUCUUCCUGUUGAUUGGAAUUGACCGAUGGGGCCGCAAGUACAGCUUGAUUGGCGGUGGUGCCUGGAUGGCCGCUAUGAUGUUCAUUAUUGGAGCUGUCUUGGCUACAAACCCUCCCAACCCCGAUGCCAGUAGCGUUUCUUCGGCCUCUACUGCCAUGGUUGCCAUGAUUUACCUUUACGUUAUUGGAUACUCUUUCUCAUGGGGUCCCACACCUUGGGUAUACUUGGGCGAGAUCUUCCCCACUCGGCUGCGCUCAUACGGUGUCGGCCUUGGUGCUGCCACCCAAUGGCUCUUCAACUUUGUUAUCACCGAGGUAACACCUCGUGCUAUCAACCAGAUUGGCUGGAGAACCUUCCUCAUGUUCGGUAUCUUCUGUACCGCCAUGGCAAUUUUCGUUGCUAUCUUUGUCAAGGAGACUAAGGGCCGGACCCUGGAGGAGAUGGACCUUGUCUUUGGUGCUGUUGACGAGAUGCAGCGUCGCGCAGAUGUGGAGCAGACCCUCCAAAAGAACGACUUUUCUCACGCAGAGCAUGUCGAGGAACAGACAGAUGAGCAGGCAAAGAACCACACUGAAGCGAAAUAA